ACCAGACAGGAAAAAGAGAGAGAAAUAUAACUGAAGGCGGUGCGCAACAGCACCUCCACAGUUGAAACUAGAUUUAACUUGUGUAACAAACUAUCUCUUUCUCUUUCUCCGAUGUUGGAAUUUUCCCGCCAAUUCGAUCGACUCAAAACAACAUCCUUACUCGCCGCAACAUGAUUUUUCAUCCCAGGUUAACUUCAGUUCCCACUAUUUUUACAAUCUUCUUAUCGAUAUCUCUCUUCCAAUUCAAACCCUCCCUUAACCCGACCCAAACCCAUACUCAAACCCAUAACCAAACCCGAAUUUCUCGCAAUAAUUACAUAGUCCGCUUCACUCUGUACAAAUACGCCGACGAUCACCGGUCGUAUCUGAAAUCAAGGAUUCGAUCCGACGACUGGGAAUGGAUCGACAGGAAAAAUCCGGCCGCCAAAUACCCCACCGAUUUUGGGUUAAUUUGGAUCGAGGAGUCGGUGAAAGAAAGAUUAAUCGAAGAGAUUGAGAAGCUGAAAUUGAUCAAAGAUGUGAAUUUGGAUUUGAGCUAUAAAAGGGAACUGCUUGGAGCUUUUGAGGAUGGGAAAAAACGGCCUGGAAAGAUUUUUACUUCGAUGUCGUUUCAUGACGGAGAGUAUUACGCUGCUACGACGAGUAAUUCAACGAUUAAUUGGGGACGCCAUCUUUUAAUGCAGAAGUCUCAAGUUACAUCCUUGUUUGGAGCGGAUGUUCUUUGGGGAAAAGGGUACACUGGUGCUAAAGUGAAAAUGGCCAUAUUUGAUACGGGAAUCCGAGAAAAUCAUCCACAUUUCCGUAAUAUAAAGGAGCGAACAAAUUGGACCAAUGAAGAUACGCUAAAUGAUAAUCUUGGACAUGGGACGUUUGUCGCUGGUGUUGUCGCUGGUCAAGAUGCUGAAUGUCUUGGUUUUGCCCCAGACACUGAGAUUUAUGCUUUUCGCGUGUUCACAGAUGCACAGGUAUCAUACACAUCAUGGUUCCUUGAUGCUUUCAACUAUGCUAUUGCAACCAAUAUGGAUGUGCUAAAUUUAAGUAUUGGAGGACCUGAUUACUUGGAUCUCCCAUUUGUAGAGAAGGUUUGGGAAAUAACAGCAAAUAAUAUUAUCAUGGUUUCGGCAAUUGGGAAUGAUGGACCACUCUACGGCACUUUAAACAAUCCAGCAGACCAGAGCGAUGUUAUUGGUGUUGGUGGCAUUGACUAUAGUGAUCACAUAGCCUCAUUUUCUUCACGUGGCAUGAGUACUUGGGAGAUUCCUCAUGGCUACGGUCGUGUGAAACCAGAUGUUGUUGCUUAUGGACGAGAAAUUAUGGGAUCCAAGAUCAGUACAGGUUGUAAAAGUUUAUCAGGAACUAGUGUGGCAAGUCCUGUGGUUGCUGGUGUGGUAUGCCUGCUUGUCAGCAUUAUCCCUGAAAACAAUCGGAAGAACAUUCUAAAUCCAGCAAGUAUGAAACAAGCACUUGUUGAGGGGGCUUCAAAGCUUGCUGGUCCAAACAUGUAUGAGCAAGGUGCAGGAAGAGUUGAUCUGUUAGAAUCAUAUGAAAUCCUGAAGAACUACCAACCCCGUGCAAGCAUUUUCCCAAUUAUUCUUGAUUAUACAGAUUGCCCUUAUUCCUGGCCAUUUUGUCGACAACCACUUUAUGCAGGUGCCAUGCCUGUUAUUUUCAAUGUUACCAUUCUAAAUGGGAUGGGAGUUAUUGGUUAUGUUGAAAGUCCACCAACAUGGCAUCCUUUGGAUGAGGAAGGGAAUCUUCUAAAUAUUCAUUUUACUUAUUCGGAAGUUAUCUGGCCUUGGACUGGUUAUCUAGCACUGCACAUGCAGAUUAAGGAAGAAGGUGCACAAUUUUCAGGAGAGAUUGAAGGAAAUGUAACUGUUAGGGUAUACAGUCCUCCAUCUCGAGGUGAGAAGAGCCCUCGGAGAAGUACCUGUGUGCUUCAGUUGAAAUUAAAAGUGGUUCCUACACCUCCAAGAUCAAAACGGGUUUUGUGGGAUCAGUUUCACAGUAUUAAAUACCCUCCUGGAUAUAUUCCAAGAGACUCUUUGGAUGUUCGAAAUGACAUUCUUGACUGGCAUGGGGAUCAUCUCCAUACAAAUUAUCAUAUUAUGUUCAAUAUGUUACGUGACACAGGAUAUUAUGUUGAAACACUUGGUUCUCCUCUUACAUGCUUUGAUGCUCGCCAGUAUGGAACACUCUUGCUGGUGGACCUUGAGGAUGAGUACUUCCCAGAAGAGAUUGAAAAGCUAAGAGAGGAUGUUCUGAAUACUGGCUUGGGAUUGGCAGUCUUUGCUGAGUGGUAUAAUGUGGAAACUAUGGUGAAGAUGAGAUUCUUUGAUGAUAACACCCGGAGUUGGUGGACUCCAAUCACUGGAGGUGCAAACAUUCCAGCUUUGAAUGAUCUUCUGGCUCCGUUUGGUAUUGCUUUUGGAGAGAAGAUACUGAAUGGUGAUUUUUCCAUCAAUGGUGAGCAGAGUCGAUAUGCAUCUGGAACAGAUAUUGUUAGGUUUCCUGGAGGUGGGUAUGUGCACAGCUUUCCUUUGCUAGAUACUUCAGAGAGUGGAGCAACUCAGAACGUGCUGACUUCUGGCAUGAUCAAGGUGUGUGGACAAGUCUGCCUAUAUUUACCUCUUGUUUUUGGUUAUUAAUGGAUCAUUGUUGAUUGGUUAACCUAAAAAUUUUACUCUUAGAAACACUC